AUGACUUCGAAGAAUUACAGUAAAGGAGGCCACCAGACGAACUGCAGGAAGGGAAUAUUAUCUGAAAAAGCAUCGUCGUUUCAAGGAAGAAGUAGUGGCAUAGUGGCGGAAGGGAUGCUGCCGCGGCCAAGAAAGGUACCGGACUUGGUAGCAGUGAAGAGAGUUGGUGAAUGGUUGCCGGAUGUAGCGGUGGUGCAAGAGAGGCCUAAGCUUACGAAAUUGCUGAUAACUGUGACAAUACAGAGAAGCGUUGGCGCUGUGCAGGUGGUGAUGCCACCGGAGGCCACGGUGGAGGAUUUGAUUGCGGCGGCGCUGAGGCAGUAUUCCAAGGAGGGAAGGCGGCUGAUUCUCCCGUCCACAGACCCUACUGGCUUCGACCUCCAUUACUCUCAGUUUAGCCUAGAAAGUUUAAAUCGGAAGGAGAAGUUGAUGGCGUUGGGGUCAAGGAAUUUUUUUCUAUGUACAAAAAGGCUGGCUAAGGCCACAAGAGACGGCGGAGCUGUGACGACGGCGCCUCCGCCAUCAAGCUGUUCAAAUGAAUCUGCUAACCAUACCAUGAAUGGGUUGUCUUGGCUCAUGUUCAUGGAUUUUUUACUGUGA